UCGUUGUUCUCGAGUGCUCACACUCCCUGGCACCAUUCUUAUGUCGCCUCCAGCCAUUUUGGCUUCCAAGUCAAAGAUCAAGAGCGGCUCCAUUCGACCAUGGUGCGUCGUGCGGGGAGAGCCCUCCUGAUCGCGUUGGCCUUGCUCAUCGCCUGCGAUGUCCUCUCCUUUUGCGCGCCUCUGGCGCGGCGAGGGGCCAACAGCAGCCGAUUCACAGGGUCUCUGCAUCCGGCGCCGGAUGCUCCUCUGACACCAGCAGCCGCGGGCACGUCCGCCAUGUCCACCAGCCAGGUCUACUUCACCGGCAUCGGCUGGUAUCUGAUGCAUUUCGUGGUCAGCAUCGGCAACGACAGCAUCAUGAAGUUCCUGGGGGAGACCUUGCCGCCCUUCCAGGUGGUCUUCCUGCGCUUCAGCACGGCCGCGCUGGUGCUGCUGCCGCUGCUGGUGAUCCAGGGCAGGAGCGCCUUCAAGUCCGCCAGGCUCUCCAUGCACUUCAGCCGGGGCCUGCUGCUGGCGCUGGGCAUCGGACUGUGGUGCUUUGGGCUGAACCUCAUGCCCUUCGCAUCCUGCGUGGUGAUCAACAACACCAUGCCCUUCUUCAAGAUGCUCUUUGCCCAGCUGAUUUUGGGCGAGAAGGUGGGCAAGCAGCGUUGGUUGGCCUCUCUGGCCGGGUUCAUCGGCUGCUUGAUUGUGUUCAACCCCACGGCUGCCACCUUCCAGCCGCAGUCUUUAGUGUUGAUCCUCUCCGCGUGCUGCUUCGCCAUGCUUGACAUCUUUAACAAGAAGUACACCGCCUCAGAGACCGUCACCUCUAUGCUCUUCUACGGCUCUUUGGCCACCGCGGCCAUCUCGGCGGUGCGCGCGAUCCCCGGCUGGGUGCCGGUGACCGGGUCCCAGCUGGGGCUCAUCGGGUGCCUGGGCAUCGGCGCCAACUUCUUGCUGUAUUGCUUGCUGAAGGCCUUCAAGUACGUGGAUGCGUCGGCCACCUGCCCGUACCGAUACACGGAGUUCGUUCUCUCCGCCAUUGUGGGCUUUUUUGCCUUCAAAGAGCUUCCGUCCUCCUCCACGCUGUUGGGUUCCUGCAUCAUCCUCCCCUCCGUGAUCUACACGGCCUACGCGGAGACGCGAGAGACCUCGGACGAGAAGGAGGACGUGGCGGCGCCGUGAAUCCACGAGCAAUGGGCAAUUUUCGGUUCCAGCAGACUGCCGAGGCUGCGCGAGCAGCAGGCCCGCGAACGUGCCGGGGCACCUGAGUGCGCAGGGCUGGGGCAUGGCUGUUUGAACGCGACGGAAC